CGGCAGAGGCAACGGCGUUCAGUUAUCAGCGGACAGCGGAGCAGAUUGGAGCUAGUGCCCGAGCCAGAGCCAGAACCAAAGUAGCAGCUACAGUCAGAGCUAGAGCAAACCCAAUUGCGGCCACAUCCAAUCAGCGAAGUGACAUUGGUUAUCCAUGUGAGGUGGCAUCCAUCUCCGAGUUGGCCCUACGCAAGGCGCAGUUGAAAGCGCAAUUUUUCGGCAAUCAAGUGGGUGGAUUAGCCCGCGAUAGCGAGACAAGCAGCACCACUAGAAUCACUCGCACCACCAACUACCGCAGUGCUUAUCCCAGCUGCAAGACGGAACGAGGCAAGCCGGUGCAACAGCUAAUCGAUCAGUUCCAGGCCAUGAUUGUCCAGCAGCAGCAGCAGCAGCAGCUGAGCAACGAGGGCGAGCCCAAGACACUGCCCGGAGCCACUGCAUCCAAUUCGGAUGAGGGCUGUAAUGUCACCGGCGGCGGACUGAGUCCCUAUAGCAGCGACAACGAGGAUAACAGCCUAUCGCCGAGGCAGCGCAAAAUGAAGGUCACACGCUGUGCCAGUAGUGAUUCCGCCCUGGGUCUGGACGUGGACGAUGGCGGCAUGGAUGUGCCGUUGCCGCCACAACGUCGGAUGACACUGACCGUAACGGAUUUACCCCUGCGACCGGCCCUACUGCCACUGGCCGAACCCACAGCCCUGCCAGAUUCGCCACUGACAUCGCCCACCGGCGGUGGCAAUCCGAGCGUGGGUGUGCCCACCAAGGUGCUGCUCGAGGAGCGAGUGGUAGCCGCACCGGGAUCGCGACGUGAAUCCACCCAGAGCUCGUACAGCGAACUGGGCGUCAGUGGACUGCCGCUGGGCGUGCGCUAUGUGCGCACACCAUCCGUCGUGGUUAGCGACUAUUCGGAUGACAUAACCGCCUGCGGCAUUAGCAUGGAGGAAAUGGAAUACUUUCGUCUGCAGCGGGCGCGUGGUCAGCGGCGUUGUUCCCUGGAGGCGGGACAUCACAGUCAUAGCGGUGGACAUGGCGCACAUGGACACGGUGGAUCGGGAGCGGCGGGAAUGUCGCCGGGAUGUGGCAAGGACGAUGGCCAAUCGGAUGUCAGUGCAGCAAGCAGUUGCAGCAAUCUCUACUAUUGUGGAUCCACCAUUUCUGCCCUCGAUGGUGGCGAGUGCAUCGUGAAUGGAGUUCGAGUUGCGCUCGCCAGGAAGAGCAGCACCCAGAGCAGCAGUCUCAGCGACGAGGAGGAGGAGGAGGAGGAUGACGACGAGGAUCGCGAUGAGCAGGAUCGCGAUGAGGAUGAUCGCGAUGCGGAGGAGAUGCUUCAGGAGGAUUACGAGCGGGGGGAUCGCGAACGUGAGAGGGAGCGGCAGAUCAGCGAACUAAUGGCCGCCACGCAGCUUGGUGAUCGUCAGCGGGAUCGAUCCAAGAAGAGCUCCGGCUGGCGAAAGAUUCGCAACAUCGUUCAGUGGACGCCCUUCUUUCAGACGUACAAGAAGCAGCGCUAUCCAUGGGUUCAACUGGCCGGACACCAGGGCAACUUCAAGGCAGGUCCCGAACCGGGCACCGUGCUCAAGAAGCUCUGUCCCAAGGAGGAGGAGUGCUUCCAGAUUCUCAUGCACGAUCUGCUUAGGCCCUAUGUGCCCGUUUACAAGGGUCAGGUGACCAGCGAGGAUGGCGAACUUUACCUGCAGCUGCAGGAUCUGCUCAGUGACUAUGUGCAGCCAUGCGUCAUGGACUGCAAGGUGGGUGUGCGCACCUAUCUGGAGGAGGAGCUGUCCAAGGCCAAGGAGAAGCCCAAGCUGCGCAAGGAUAUGUACGACAAGAUGAUCCAAAUCGACAGCCACGCUCCCACCGCCGAGGAGCACGCAGCCAAGGCGGUGACCAAGCCACGUUACAUGGUCUGGCGUGAGACCAUCUCCAGCACGGCCACGCUGGGAUUCCGCAUCGAGGGCAUCAAGAAGAGCGAUGGCACCAGUUCCAAAGAUUUCAAAACGACGAAGUCACGCGAACAAAUCAAGUUGGCCUUUCUCGAGUUCCUCAGCGGUCACCCACAUAUUUUGCCCCGCUACAUACAGCGUUUGCGAGCCAUAAGGGCCACCCUUGCGGUCUCGGAAUUCUUCCAGACCCACGAGGUUAUCGGCAGCUCCCUGCUCUUCGUCCACGAUCAGACCCACGCCAGCAUAUGGCUAAUUGAUUUCGCCAAGACGGUGGAGCUGCCGCCGCAGCUGCGGAUCGAUCACUACUCCGCCUGGAAGGUGGGCAACCACGAAGAUGGCUAUCUCAUCGGUAUCAACAAUCUCAUUGAUAUCUUUGUGGAGCUGCAGGCAUCCAUGGAGGCGGAGGCGCAUGCGCAAGCGCAGGCGGAGGCCAUUCAGUCACCCGUUUCUGGUUCUGGAGGAGAUCAAGCGGAGCAGACGGGUGAAGAGAGCAAACCCUAAUGGGAAAUCCAUACAUUUCCACACGGAGGUUUGGGGCUGGGCCCCGGAGACAAAGACAUUUCCAAUUUCCGAAUCGAUUAAUCCCCAAUUCCUAGGCUUAGUUAUACAUUUUUUUUUUGUUUUUUUCUAACAGUUUGCGUACAUUUAACCCCUUAAGUUUAAAAUCAAAGACUGAAAUCACAAUAUGCAUACACAUAUUUUUUAAUAUAUACGAUAUACGCGUACAUAUACAUAUAUAGAAGAUAUAUAGCCUGGCCUAUAUGUGCUGCUGCUGCUGCUGUAGUGUAAUUUAUUUAUCCAAAACAAAAAAAAAAACAAAAAAAUUCACGUUUGGCGAAUCCUAGAGAUACCCGAAUGGCUGGAGAUAAUACCCACAAGGCAGUUGCAACUGUCGAUCGUAACGAUACGAAAAGUAACUAAGAAAUGAACACACCCAACACGCAACAAGAGCUUAGACUAAGUUUUUAAUAUAAUGGUUAUGCGACUACCUACUAAAUACUACUAAUUGUGCACUAUUAAAUUCAGUUAAAACAAAACG